GUUGAAGUUGAAGUUUACCGGAGAGAUUCUAAGAAGCUUCCUGGCCUGGGAGACCCCGACAUUGACUGGGAAGAGAGCGUCUACUUGAACCUCAUCCUACAGAAGCUGGAUUACGUGGUGACAUGUGCUGUGUGCACACGCUCCGAUGGAGGAGAUAUUCACAUUCACAAAAAAAAGUCUCAGCAAGUGUUUGCAUCUCCUAGCAAGCACCCAAUGGACAGUAAAGGAGAGGAGUCAAAGAUCAGCUACCCCAACAUAUUCUUCAUGAUUGACAGUUUUGAAGAGGUUUUCAGUGACAUGACUGUGGGAGAAGGAGAAAUGGUCUGUGUGGAGCUGGUGGCCAGUGACAAAAGCAACACGUUCCAAGGGGUAAUUUUUCAGGGGUCCAUCCGCUAUGAAGCACUCAAGAAAGUCUAUGACAACAGGGUGAGUGUGGCAGCUAAGAUGGCUCAGAGAAUGUCUUUUGGCUUUUAUAAAUACAACAACAUGGAAUUUGUCCGAAUGAAAGGGCCUCAAGGGAAAGGACAUGCGGAGAUGGCAGUGAGUAGAGUGUCUACUGGUGACACUUCACCAUAUGGGACAGAAGAAGAUUCAAAUCCAGAAUCCCCAGUGCAUGAGAGAGUCACUUCUUUCAGCACACCGCCAACCCCAGAACGCAACAAUCGCCCAUCCUUUUUCUCCCCAUCCCUGAAGCGAAAAGUGCCCCGAAAUCGAAUAGCCGAGAUGAAAAAAUCCCACUCAGCAAAUGACAGUGAGGAAUUCUUCAGAGAUGAUGAUGGCGGAGAUCUGCAUAAUGCGACAAAUCUGAGGUCGCGGUCCUUGUCUGGAACAGGACGGUCUCUGGUGGGCUCGUGGCUGAAGCUGAACAGAACUGAUGAAAACUUUCUACUCUAUGCACACCUAACUUACAUCACUUUGCCAUUGCAUCGAAUUUUAACAGAUAUUCUGGAGGUGCGGCAGAAACCAAUUCUGAUGACAUAGCAGAGAGCGGGCACUGCCUUGGAGCCUUGUUGCCAAGUGCCUACCCACAGCGGUUUUCUGUGCUAACACUACCACCUAGUGUCAGGAACAUAAACCUCCGCAGGAAAAAGGGAAGUCCGAGAAUACCAGCCGAUCAAAAAGUGCCUCUUUCUUCCUUCCUCUGCUGUCAUACACCGUAUGCCCACUUGCAGUACAUCGCUUGGGUGUUCUUCUGACUGGAAGAGGACUUUCAGCACGAUGAAACAAGAAGGGGCUGUGUUUAAAAUGAGUCAACGCUUUAUG